GUUUAAAUUGAGAAAACUGGCGCAUUCCAGGCACGCAGAUUACCCGGAGUGUUAGAGGGCUACAGUGGGUUUCAGCUACACUGUACCCCAGCAGCGAGAACUCCCCACUCCACUCGAGCAGCAGCAGCAGCAACAUUCCUCCCCCACCCCCACAGCCCUUUCCCUCCCGCAGUAGCUUCCCCGGUGCCGGUGUGGGUGGGGGCGGGACUGCAGUGUGCCCAGAGCGAGGGCUCGGUCGGACUGAGUGCAUGGAGCAGGUUGACUCACAGAACAAGCCUUCCUCAGCUUGCUCCAACACCUGAAACAAUUCCCUUUGUUCAUUUGUUAACUUUCUCAGAGAGAAAACAAAAGGCAAAUAAUACCCAAAUAUAUUCACAAUCAACUUUAACAUGGGCGCAGACCGCCUCCGAUGUUUUCCUUUGAGCUGCAUUUGCGCCGUGUUUCUGCUUGUCGCCUCUCUCAUUUUGUUUCUCGUCCUCAGGAAGCAAAACCCCGGCCUCUUAUUGGAAGAGGAAGAAGUCGAAGGCUCCGUUCUGAAAGGAACAAAGUUGAAUGAUGGGCCUCUCCGAUAUAUGGAAUGGGAAACGGAAGAGGGGCUGGCAUUCGUUAAAAAUGGAUUCAUUUAUCGAAAUGGCAGUUUGAUUGUACCUGUCACUGGACAGUACUUUGUGUACUCUCAGGUUUACUUACGUGACAAAAACUGUUUGGAGAGCAAUGAACUCAUCACACAUACAGUCAACAAAAGGACACAAAUUGAUUCAGCUCCUACGACACUAAUCAGCAAGCGAAUCCAGUGUCAACCGAAUGUGGAUCACUUAUGGUUUCAAACAAACUAUGUAGGAGGCACAUUUGCAUUGAACAAGGGGGAUGAACUGUUUGCCCAUAUUUCUGAUUUGACAUUACUAGGUUUUGAAGAAAAUAAAACAUUCUUCGGAGCACUGUUACUAUAAAACAAGACAAAAACCACAUUAUUAGGGCUAUGACAAUAUAAAGGAAAACAUUUUUAUUAUUCAAAAGCAUUAAACAGUGUUAUACAAGUUGUGUAAUUGAAAUUAUUAGUGGUACAGUUUAUUGUAUAUUCUAAUAUUUUUAUACCAUUUCAAAUAAGUUCUAUUCCUGUAUGGUUUCUUGGUGAUUGCCUGUUAAUAUAUGGUGGACUGAAGCAUUCAAAAUGCCAUGGAGAAGAGGGUGCUGAACUAAAAUCCCUAUUAUAAUUAAUAAAUGAAAAGCAAACUUGAAGAAUGUGCUCAUAUUUACAACAUACUUGAAUUUGAAUUGAAAGUGACUUGGUAAUACUCCAUUAGGCAACCACACUGAAAUGAAAUUGGAUUCUUUUGAACCAAUAAAAAAGUAUUGUAUUAUA